AUGGUGCUCGAGAAUGUCGAGACCAAUGCCUCGCAACCGAAAGAUACUCUUCCUCGAGGCGUUGAAAUCAUCGAGGCGUUGGGCAUUCCCGAUUGGAGGGAACAGGAGAAGAAGAUUGUCAGACGCCUAGACAUGACGAUGCUUCCUCAGAUGUGGAUCAUCUACAUGAUGAACUUCUUGAAUCGCACGAACAUUGCUCAAGCCCGUCUAGAUGAACACUUUGAAGAGACGCUCAAUCUUGGUAACACAGAUUACAGUACCGCGGUAGCAGUGUUGACUAUUGGAUAUAUGCUGGCACAGUUACCAUCCAACAUGCUUAUCACGCGAGUCCGACCCGCACUCUAUCUCCCCAUUGUUGCCAUUUUCUGGUCUGGCAUUUCAGCGGCGACGGUAGCCGUGAAGAGUCCCGGCCAACUGUUCGCAGUGCAGUUCAUUUUGGGUGUCUUCGAGGCGCCCUUCUUCCCUGGUGCCGUUUACCUUAUGUCGUGCUGGUACACACGCCGGGAGCUGGCUCUCCGCACUGCGCUUCUCUACUCCGGACUGGUCCUCGCGCAGGCGUUCUCCGGCUUGAUCGCUGCCGGCGUGUUCUCUGGCAUGUCUGGCAAGAUGGGUAUUGCAGGAUGGCAGUGGUUGUUCAUCCUAGAAGCCGCACUCAGCGCAUUCUUCGCGUUGACGGCGUUCUUCGUCCUGCCCAACUACCCGCACUCGAACAGCGGCAGCGCCAUGUGGUCGAUGACUGAGGACAUGCGCAAGAUCGCCCAAGCACGCAUCCAGGCUGAUCGUGUCGAGGAGACUCAAACUACGACUGUUUGGAUGGGUCUGAGACUGGCUCUUACUGACCCCAAAACAUAUAUCUUUAUCUUCAUGAACAUCUGCAUGACAUCCUCCUACGGCUUCAACAACUUCUUCCCCACAAUCGUCUCCGGCUUCAAUCUCGGCAGCAGCGCAACCACGCUCGCCAUGACCGCACCCCCCUACAUCCUUGGCACCAUCGUCUCCUUCUUUGUAGCCUGGAACUCCGACCGCCUCAAGGAACGCGGCUUCCACAUCAUGAUCAACAACUGCUGCGCGAUAACCGGCUUCAUCAUCUCCGUCGCGACCCUCAACACCGCGGCUCGCUACACCGCCUCCUUCCUCUACACAUCCGGCUCCUUCUCCGCCAACGCCCUCGUCUACACCUGGGCCGUCUCAACCCUCUCCCAGACCCCCGAGAAGCGCGCCGCCGGCGGCGCCAUCGUGAACAUCAUGGGACAUCUCGGGAACGUCAUGUCCCCGUAUUUCUUCCCCGAUACUCAUCGCCCGAGGUACACAAUGGCGAUGAUCCUGCAGAUUGUGUUUGCGGGGUUGACGUGUGCGACCGCGUUUGGGAAUAAGGUGUACCUGAGACGGGAGAAUAAGAAGGUUAGGGCUAAGGCGGAGGCCGAGGGCGCGGCGUAUAAUCCGUUUACGACGUGA